AUGGGUUCUGCAGCCUAUCACGACUUCAACGCCGACGGCUGCGGCGUCGACGAAGUCCCCAGGUUCAGUCUCUCUCACUCUCCCGAGAGUCUCAGGACAGCCACCACUCCAGGCACCCCAGACGACAUCCAAAGCGAGUUUGGCGAGGCAGUUAAUGCUGCCCAAGCCUCCUCUUCUUCCGCCGCCAGAGCCACUUCGGCUCUCAGGGUAUUCACCCACCAGCCCAACGACUCCAUCUCGUCAAUCAGCGACUUUGUCAUGGCCACCAACGGCCCCAAGCCCAUCUUGGGCGCCGAUAUUCCUCGCUUUGGCAACAACCUUGGCGCUGGAAGCCGUGCUGCUCAGAUCUGGGCACCGCCGUCGGUGCCUCUCGACCGCAGCGCUGCCGUUGAGAGACAGAAUGCUGCACACUUCCGUUGGGGCUCGUUGGACACCCGCAGGAGCUUGGUUGCUGGUCAUGAGAACCCAUUGGCGCGUUUGCCGCCUUUCUUGACCAACCAGCGCCAGCUUUCUGCUGUGGUUGACAACCCCAACGUAGGUCGUCCAUUCAGCUCUGAAACUGUUGCUUCUGAGCAACCGUUUCCCCGCCAGCCAUUCACGCAGCCCAAUGUCAAUGUGCCUCGCCAGUAUCACCAUGACGACCAAGGGCUCCCCGUGAGACGAUAUAUCCCUCCAUCCAGCAACAGCAACUCUUCUUUCGACCUCUCGGGUCUCCACGGCGCCUUGCUGAGCUCGACUGCCUCCGCCUCCGAAGCUGACGAUACUCAGCCUCUUGGAAUCGACAUCCUGCGUCUGUCCCCUCCCAGGAUUCAGCCUGUCCGACAGCCUAUCCCUCCUCCUGCUCCGGUCCAGGUUCCUCCCAAUGGGCAGCCUCAUGGCUUCUUGCCCAUGCAGGCUGUGAUGCAGCAAACUCCCCCUGGAGUCUUUGCCCACGAAUCCUGCAUCGACGCCUUUGGUUCGUCCAAGUUCUCGACUCGAUAUCACGGUAUGCACACCGAGACCAAUGCCAGCGCCGAGCAUCUAACUCCAGAGCAAAACUGUGCUCUCUGGCUCACGAACCUCCCCCCUGGAGUGUCUACCCACGAGCUUCUCUCCGCCAUCCGCAACGUUGGCCGCGUCUGGUGCAGCUACGUCAACUAUCCCGACUACGUGACCCAUCAAACCGCCGCCGCAAAGGUCGUCUUCUUCACUGCCGAAGCCGCCCAGCAGCUCCUCAGUGUCUCCUGGACCCGUGGCCUCUUCAUUCAAGGCUACCGCGUCAAGGUCUCGCACAACCGAAUCAAAUACGGCAGCCAUGCCAUCACUGGCAAAAUGUCACGAUGCCUCAUCAUCACGGGCCAUGCCGACUUUGUCAACGAGGCCAGUCUCACCAAGUUCUUCAAAGAUCGCUUCAUCUUCCAGGUCGACGAGGUGGUCGAGCUGAUCAAGGCGGGAGGCCGGGCUGUUGUGGAGUUCAAGUUUGGAAGUUAUCGCUGCCAGUCGCAGAUGGGCAAGAUGUCCCUGGAAAAGGAUCGCCCCGCUGGCUUCGAGAAGGUUGAGUUUGGAGACGAUCCUUGCGAGGUUGGCGAUACCAUGGCGUCGUAUGGGAUUGCUGCAGAGAGAAUCCAAGGCAGAGGUCUUUGA